UCCAUACCGGCUCCAUCCUAAAAAAACGUCUAAUUUAUUACAUUUGCGCAGUAUUAAAGAUAUAAAGAUGGGCUAUAACGUCUGCGUGGUGCACUGGUUGGUGUAAACGAGAACUAGUGUGAUUUUAUACAGUGUGCUUUAACACACAGUGUGACUGGAGACGGACUCGGUCGUCGCUAUGCGGUUGUUCAUGUGUGGAACAUGACAGUUUUGGCCGUGAUGGAGGCGCUUGGUGCGAACAGCGCCUCCAGUUGCAGGCUGUGUGCUCGGAGCGCUGGCUAGAAAAUGAGGAUCGGACGUGAGCUACGUGCGCACCCAGGAGCAGACGAGAUGAAAUGGAGAGGUCGGAUAGUAGAGACUCUUUAGAUGAAAGCGCUUCUUCCUACAGACCCGAUAGUGUUCGUGUUGGACAAAAGGAAACAAGCCGCGGCUGUGCGACAGCCACCAUGGGCCGGACCGCUUAUUGUGGUACUUCUCCGUCAGUUGAUCUCUUGGGGUAUCCGGCCGCAGGAUCGGCUCUGUGGAAUGGCACUGGUGCUAAUGGUGAAGUUGUACCCCCGACCUCUCUGGAUGGGAAUUACAGUGGGUUUUCUUUGCAUGCUGCAAAUUUCUGCAAAAAACCUAACGGACAGAGCUGUCAGGCUGAGGUGCCCUCAGGUGGCACACCGCGGCCAACAGACAACUGCACCCUCCUUUUGAAGCGAGCUAAUAGUGACCUAAACCGCAGAACUCAGAAACACCAGAAUAAAGAUACAGUAUCUGGACAUUUAGACGGAGUCAAUUUAGCAACACAGAAAUCAUUGGAAGCGCUGGACGCUUCUACUUCUCUGGACUGCAAAAGGACGCGACUGGAAAAUGACUUGACACCUGAGGUUGCAAAAAGCACACAAGAUGGAACUCCCUUUUCUACUACAACCAACAUUCAGCAUCACAGUAACUGCAACACCGGCCAGUUUCCUGUGCCUGUAUCCUCGCCAACCCGGGUACACCAAAACGGGCACAGGGUGAUCCGAAACCCCAUACCAGGCACCACUUCACCAGCAGGUUUGCCCUCUGUUCCAGGGAUGUCAGGAGCACCAUCAGGCUGGUCCACAGAACGCUUAGCCCAGCUAUACAUAGUCCCUUGUAUGAAAUACUAUGGCAUUUGUGUUAAAGAUGGGUUCUUGGGCCCGCAGCUAGGGGACCGAUUGCUGCAGGAGGUGGAGAUGUUGAACCGUAGUGGAAAAUUUCGUGACGGACAGCUGGUUAGUCAGAGGAGUGUCCCGACUAAGAACAUCCGUGGAGAUCAAAUAGCCUGGGUGGAGGGCAAGGAGCCUGGGUGUGAGAGCAUUGGUAUGCUCAUGGCUCACAUCGAUGAGGCCAUAAUGCAUAGUUCAGCAAACGGACAGCUCGGGAAUUAUGUCAUCAACGGCCGCACUAAGGCUAUGGUGGCAUGUUACCCUGGCAACGGCACAAGAUACGUGCGUCACGUAGAUAAUCCAAAUGGAGACGGGCGCUGCAUUACAUGCAUCUACUAUUUGAACAAGGACUGGGAUGUCAAGGUUCAUGGUGGCUUGCUGCAGCUCUAUCCCGAGGGUCGCAGUGUUGUCGCCAACAUUGAGCCAUUGUUCGACCGCCUGCUUAUUUUCUGGUCAGACAGACGAAACCCUCAUGAGGUGAAACCAGCCUACGCCAGACGAUAUGCCAUCACUGUUUGGUACUUUGAUGCGAAAGAACGGGCAGAGGCCAAGGAGAAGUACAGACUCGCUACUGGACAGAAGGGGGUUGAAGUGCCAGUCAGUCUAGGCAACAAGACCUAAACCCUCAUCAGCUCAGGCAGCAGUGUGUUUUCUUUCAUGUAUGUGCCUACCCAUCCUGCUACCUGAACAAAUGUUUUAAUGGGGAGACACAGGGAAUGGGACAGGCAGCAAAGUCAGGGCAGCCACAUUAUCCCUCUUCUUCAGGCCUCAAACUAACCUGUCAGAUACAUUGUGACAAUGUGGCCAAUGGACAUAGAAGAGUACAGGCUGAUUCCACACAGAAGAUGGCUUUUGGGUGAAGCAGUGACUCUACAGUGUUAUUGCAGGACAUGUGGAGGAAUUCAGAAUUCGGGGAAGACCAAGAAUAAGCUGGAUUGACAUCACAGCGUGGAUUGCAUAUCAGGGCUGGUCUGCUACAGGCGACACAAGACAGAGAGCGUUCGAGAAAGCUGAUCCAUUUGUGCAGCCAACCAUCUCAAAGUGAUGACAUCAUAGUGAAAUAACAUGACAGUGACUGACAGUGAAAACUGAAAUUUCUGAAGUUUCAUCCCAAUUACAAUGAAAAGAACACCAAAAUGUAUUAACAAUAGACCUUUGCUGAACUGUUCUGUUGUACUGUUUCUGUAAUACUCUCCUGCUUAGUAAUAAAUAUUAAUUAUUUGUGCUCCCUAUAUAACUUUACACAUCUUCCUGUAGAUGAGGUGCUUUAGGGUUUGGAAGGGGAGUUUUAAUCAUAUCAUAGCCUCUGAACAGACAGCAUGUCUGUGUGAUUGUACAGUGGUGACACUGGGCAGUAUUAGUCACCACCAGUGAACUGCACUUAUUCUGCAAGCCAGACAUUUUAGCCCGAACUACCAGUAUUGAGUUAAUUAAGUUAAACCUGAUCAGUUUACACUCAGGCCUACCUAGUUUAAUGCUGUGUUUACAAGGGUAUUUUUAGCAUCCAUUAAAAAUGCAUUACUAUUGUAGAUUUUAAUUAGAAAGACAUGCUUAGUACAU